UCAUCUCCCCCAUUUUUUCUCUUUCCAUGAGAAAAAAAGAGAGCAGCGAGAAGCCAUGUCCAAUGACAAAGUGACGGUCAGCAAGGAGCAAAACGAGAAGCACAAGAAGAUCUUGGAGGCUUUGAUGAAAUUGCCAGAUAACAGGGAAUGUGCUGAUUGUCGAAGCAAGAGCCCGAGGUGGGCGAGCAUCAACCUUGGAAUUUUUAUCUGUAUUCAAUGCUCUGGAAUUCAUCGGGGUCUGGGAGUUCACAUUUCCAAGGUGCGAUCGACUACUCUUGAUACAUGGCUGCCGGAACAAGUCAAGUUCAUGCACGAUAUGGGGAAUGUAAGAGCGAACAAGUACUGGGAAUCAGAGUUGCCACAAAAUUUCAAGCGCCCUCAAGAAAACGAUCGAGCAGGACUAGAAGCAUUUGCGCGUGCCAAGUACGAUGAGAAGCGUUUUGCAGCGAAAGGUGUUCCUCAGCCCCAACCGGCCGCUGUUUCAAACGAAACCAUCGAAAGCUUGGGAGCUGCUCCUAGAGGCGGGAGUCCAAAUCAAAAUCCGCAAAUCGCUGGUCCGCAGCAUAUUGUGGCUUCUGCAUCAAGUCCUCCAAGAUUUGCUCCUCCACCAGCAACAGUGACUGCUCCACCACCAAAAGAAUCACCGUUCAACACGACCUCUCACAGGGAGUCCCAGGAUUGGGCUGUCUUUCAAACGGCCGAUACCUCUCCAUUACCUCAAGUCAGCAUCGGUCCCACUGCCGAAGGCAAGCAUCAAACUGACGCGAGGCGAAGCAUCACGAACAUGUUCAAGAAUGUAAGUGCGCUUUCAAACUUGUCCUCGUCGAUCACGCCUCGCGUUUCUCCAGUGUUACAAGGUGAUCAACUAAACAGCACUAAGCGCACACAUACCUUAUCUAAGUUUUACUCUUUUCAACAGACCGGAGCGUCCGUUCCACAGUCGCCGAAUUUGACAAGCUUCCCUCGAGGGGCUACAAAUGCUGUCGGCAGCCCGGAGCGUCCACACAAUCGAGCCACAUACGGGGCCACCUCCGGUCCGGUCCCCGCUCAAGCACCAUCUGGAGCACGCGCUGAAAGAUCCGGCCUCGUGACUCAACUGGGAUCCAAGUCGCCCGAGUCACUCUCGGCGGAAGAAUUGUCUUGGCAAUAAGCUCAGCUAAGUUGUCGCUGCUCUACACUCCCAAGCUCUUCCUCUUUCUCUUGCCAGAAGUUUACAAGUUUGAGAGGAUUAGUCUCACAGAGGACAUCUCGCUUUUUCUUUUAAAAGUUUGCAAAGUCGAGUGAUUCGAUUCUCUUGUCUAAAUCUCCCACCAGUGGAAGGCUUUCGUUUUUCUUUUUUUUCUUUCUUUCUUUCUUUCUUUUACAGCACAUUUCGUGUACACAUUUCUACGGUUUUUUCCUGGCAGGAUAACUAUUCCAAACAUGUCUACCCCUGUGGAGAAAGUAAGAGCUUUUGUACAGCGCA